CAGAGGUGUCUGUCUGUUUGUGUUUAAAGAGAAGACGAACUGAUUUAAAUCAUCAGGACAAACACGACACUAGACACGGACAACGAGACUGUGAGACCUGAUGGAUAACAAGACCUUCUUUUAAACAGAUCUGUUUCUCAAAACCACAUAGAGAUUGGAAUACAGAAAUAAUUCCUCUUAUUCUACAAGUGAAGGAGCCACUUCAACAUGACUGAUACAGACACAUCUGGAAUGAUAAAUGAAGAUACUGAGGAACACAGAGAACUAAUGGAACUGGAAGAAACAUCAGGAUCAUCAAGGAAGCAAAAAAUACAAGCAAGGAAAUGUUUUACUUGCUCUCAUUGUGCAAAAAGAUUCAACAGCAAAGGACACCUCACAACGCACAUGAGAAUCCAUAACAGAGAAAAGUCUGUCAUCUGUCCUCGAUGUGAAAAAUGCUUCCCAAAUAUAAAGACACUUGCAAUUCACACUAAAGAGUGUCCACACACAUAUCCUCAGUGUGGAAAGAGUUUUGCACACAAAGGAAAUUUUGAAGCGCACAUGAGAAUUCACACUGGAGAGCGCACGUAUAUGUGCAGUGAGUGUGGAAAGAGUUUCAAACAUAAGAAAUCUCAUAAAGUGCACAUGAGAAUUCACACAGGAGAGCGUCCAUACACUUGUCUUCAGUGUGGAAAGAGAUUCAUAUACAAAGAAAGUUUUGAACUGCACAUGCGGAUUCACACAGGAGAGCGUCCGUACACUUGUCCUCAGUGUGGAAAGUGUUUCAUACAGAAACCAAAUUUUACACAGCACAUGAGAAUUCACACUGGAGAGCGCCCGUAUAAUUGUCCUCAGUGUGGAAAGUGUUUCACACAGAAACCAAAUUUUACACAGCACAUGAGAAUUCACACUGGAGAGCGCCCGUAUAAUUGUCCUCAGUGUGGAAAGUGUUUCAUACAGAAACAAAAUCUCACAGAGCACAUGAGGAUUCACUCUGGAGAUCGCCCGUACACUUGUCCUCAGUGUGGAAAGGGUUUCACAUACAAACAAAGUCUCACAGAGCACAUGAGGAUUCACACUGGAGAGCGCCCGUACACUUGUCCUCAGUGUGGAAAUGGUUUCACACACAAACAAAAUCUCACAAAGCACAUGAGGAUUCACACAGGACAGCGUCCUUACAAUUGUCCUCAGUGUGGAAAGGGUUUCAUACAGAAACAAAAUCUCACAGCCCACAUGGUAAUUCACACAGGACAAAGCCCAUACACUUGUGUUCAGUGUGGAAAGAGUUACGGACAGAAAUCCGGUCUGGAUAAUCACAUGAGAGUUCACACUGGAGAGCGGCCGUACACAUGUAUUGAGUGUGGAAAGAGUUUCAUACAGAAAUGCACUCUUAAGACCCACAUGAAGAUUCACACUGAAAAAAUUCCACACGCAUGUGUUGAGUGUGGAAAGAAAUUCAAAACGAAGGGAAGCCUUAAAAUUCACAUGAGACUUCAUCUUGAAGAAACCCCAGACAGCAAGAGAGCAGAUGAAACCAUUGAAUAAUGUAAAAAAAUGGAUUUGUCAAUGGUUUGAAAAAAUAUCACAUUUGCAUCCGUAAUUAAUGUUGAAAUUUCAACUAUCCAGCAGUAUUGUGAUCAGUGUUUUCUGUAGUUGGGCUCUUGACUCUUUCAUUGUUUAUUAUCAUCAAUAAAAACAAUUUUGCAUUGAUACAGAA